GCUUCGACGUCACCCUCACAUUAUUCCUUUCGACUCCCACAGUUUCCAACUUUUUCUUUCUUCUUCUACAUUUUCUCCAAUCUCUCUUUGCCUCAGAGUUUCCCUCUUCCUCCUCUCUGUUAUUCUAAUCGGGCUUUGAGUCAAUCGAAGGAAUUUUCUGAAUCUUUCUCACUCACAAGGAGAAUUGAAUCUCCAAGACAAGGCAAAGCUUCCUGAUUUAGGGUUUUGCGUCACUUGUCGGAAACUGCUUAGUUGUCGUUGAAGAAAGGAGAAGCUUGAAAUUUGCUCCUCGUUCUGAUUAUAUAUAUUUGUCUCAGUUUCAAGUCUUGCUGAUGGAUUCUUGGAGCUACGGGAGAAGCGUUUUCUUGGCUAACGAAACCCUUCAUCCUUCUGAUUCUUUCGCCGAGAAUCGAAGAGCCAUGGCUGGAUUUGAACAUGGGCUCUCUAAUGAUUUGGAGCCGAAUGAUGAUGUCUUGAUGUCCGGUAUAGCUGGUAAAUCCAAUGGUUUCAGUGCUGUUUCCGUUACCAAAGUGGCUUCUUCUUCUUGUGUUGUACCUGCGAGUUUGUUGCACGUUGAGGAGGAAGAGGACGAGGAAGAGAACCAGUCUUCUUCUUCAAAGCUGUCUAGGAUAGAUUUCAAACUUAGGAGCUUUUUGGACUACGGGAACAACGACGAUACAUCCUCUAGAGCUUUUGCGAUUCCGGCUAAAAAGCCUCGAUCUUCAUCAAACUCGUGCUCGCAGAAACCCUUGUGUCAAGUCUAUGGUUGCAGUAUGGAUCUGAGCUUUUCCAAAGAUUACCACAAAAGGCAUAGAGUCUGCGAGGCCCAUUCAAAGACUUCCGUUGUUAUAGUUAGCGGUAUCGAACAGAGGUUCUGUCAACAGUGCAGCAGGUUUCAUUUCCUCUCAGAGUUUGAUGAUGGGAAGAGAAGUUGCAGAAGAAGAUUAGCCGGUCACAAUGAGAGAAGAAGGAAGCCUUCAUUCUAUUUCUUACCGGGUAAGCGGCAUAAGCUUCUCCGCACAGCUCAUGGAAACAAGUUUCUUGAGAAUUCAUCAGUCAGUGACUUCUCGUUGGUCUUGCCAGAAGCGUUUCCCGGUAGUUUCUUAUACAGAGUAACGGAGGAGAAGGAGCACCGUGCAAGUAGACUCGUGAGUUUCAAAGACGAACCUACUUGCUCUAUGCAGAACAAGAAGAGUAGGGUUUAUGAAUCUAAACCAUGGAUCUAUUCACCGGAAGCUUCUGGUGUAUCCUCGAUUUGGGACUUACAUGAGUCGGCUCCACGGUCUACUUGUGCUCUCUCUCUUCUGUCAUCUCAGUCCCAACAACACUUCUCUGAAUUUCCAAACACAUCUUUCUCAAUCACACAACCUAACCAAAAUCUCAACCAUCAGAUGCAACCGUUGAGGAUUGAUCCUGGCAAGACCAGUUCCGGUUCUAGUUCUUGUAAUGGUAAAGGAUCAUCCACGGUUGAUCUCCUGCAGCUUUCAUCGCAUCUUCAAAGAAUAGAGCAACAGAGGAAUAUCACUGAUGAGGUCAAGCAGGAAUAUAAUGAGCUUUAUUUCCCCUAGCUCCUAAAGAAAAUGGUUGCAACAUUCUUAUUUCUUUAAGAUCGGCUCGAGUUUCUUGACCGCCUGCAUGGUUUGAUUAGUGUGUGAAUUUGGGAUUUAAUGAUUAUUGAAAUUGGUGUGAUGGUUAGAUUAGGGGGAACGAAGAUCAAAAUCUGUUUACAAGUGUUUUUGUAACUGAUCUUGUUUGUUAUUAUUAUUCACCAGUCUGAAGAAAAUUGAUUCAGAUAUCUAUGCCUGCUUCUUGCGCAGUGUUUCAGUCCUUUUUUUUUCAGACAAUUUGUAAUUUUGUAUAUACACUUUGUAAUGAAUAUUCUCUGAAAAAGUUGUUUUUCACUUUU